AUGAAGAUACCCCACUUAAUUUUCAUUUUUUUUAAUACAAUUUCAACAUUUAACAGGAUUGUAUGGUUCAAAUAAUAUGGAAAAUACCAAGUGUGACAUCAUGAUUGAAACUACAGUUGACGUUUUAACUGCUAUGAUUAAAUUACAUUUCGAAAAGGAUGAAGCCCAAAAGGAAGAACUUGGUAAAAAGUUUAGUACAGAAGUUUUGCCCCAAUAUUUCACAUAUUUGUGCAAGGUACUCAAAGAAAAUGGAGGAAAGUUUCUCGUUGGAUCGAAGUUGACAGUUGCGGAUAUGGCUGCUUUUGACAUGCUUGAUAAACUAACAUGUAACCCAACGAUGGGAGAAGGCGUGUACAAAGACUUUGCUGAAGUUAAAAAGUUUUACGAAAGUGUAAAAACAAAUGCUAAUGUACAGAAAUAUUUGGAGAAGCGACCGGCAGCAGACAUGUAAAUCAAGGAACAUACUCAUUUUUUUUCUUUCAUUUACUUAUUUAAAUUUUUACAUGGUUUUACAUUAACA